AUGCGUCAAGUUUUGGCGCUUUUUCUCGUUUUAGCUUUUUUGGCUGAAAAUGGAAACUGUGCUAAAAACGACACCUUGGAAAUGGAAUUGGAAUCGAACAUAACCGUUGUCAAGUUGGAGCAUGGGUUGAAAUUCGCUGCUCAUUCCGAAUUCGGACUUCCGGACAACAUGACAGACUUGUUCAACUCAACAGCUGACGACCCAGAAGGUGUUCAGAUUGAAAUUCGUCAAACUAUUAUUUUGCGAAAUAGAAAUAAGACAGGAUCCAAAAAUUCGUCCCUUCCUGUCAACCUAGAUUACGUCCGUGCUCGGAGAAGUAAUAAAGAUGGUGAGGGUGUGGCCAAAUUCUUCGCGAAACUUCUGACAUCUGGAUCAACGAAACAAUACGAAACCGUGCUUGCCACAAUCUCGAAAAUUCCAGAAACUAUUGAAAUUAGGGGACCACCAGGGUUCCCGGAUCACCGGGACCCAGACGGGAAACAAUGGCCGAUUCCAACAACGACAACUCGACGAAUGUUCGUGAUGUAUGAAGAUGAUGACCUGGUCAAAAAGAAUGCCGAAAAAGAAAAUAAACCAAAAAAUGAUUUUAAAAAUGACCGAGAUUUUGAUGAUUCUGAUUCUAAAGAGUGGCGUUCUGAUUGA